GAUGGUCACCCGUGGUUUCCGAAGUGCAUACAAGAAUUGGAUGAAUGUUCGAACAGAGUGCUGAUGUACGGAGCUCAACUGGACGCCGAUCAUCCCGGUUUCAAAGAUGAAGAAUACAGAAAGAGAAGGAUUGAAUUCGCCGAGAUUGCUUAUAAUUAUAAACAUGGCCAGCCAAUACCAAGAGUGGAAUACAACGAUUUGGAGACCAAGACAUGGACUACAAUUUAUACGGAGCUAACGAAACUCUACCCGACGCAUGCGUGCAAAGAAUACCUUGAUAACUUCCCACUACUUAAAAAACACUGUGGAUACGGGCCCAAUCACAUUCCGCAGCUAGAAGAUAUAUCCAUGUAUCUAAAACAAAGAACAGGUUUUACAUUACGACCAGUGGCUGGUUACUUAUCAUCUCGGGACUUUCUGGCGGGCUUGGCUUACAGAGUUUUUUACUGCACCCAAUAUAUCAGACAUCAUUCAGAUCCCUUCUACACCCCAGAACCAGAUUGUUGCCAUGAAAUUUUGGGCCACAUGCCGUUAUUCCUGGACCCAAAUUUUGCCGAAUUCUCGCAACAAAUUGGCCUGGCCUCGCUCGGAGCCUCAGAAGAUGAUGUCCAGAAAUUGGCUACUUGUUAUUUCUUUACGAUCGAGUUCGGCUUGUGCAAGCAAGAUGGAGCUAUUAAAGUGUAUGGUGCCGGUCUACUCUCCUCCAUCGGAGAGCUCAAACACGUGCUAACAGAGGCAGCAAUACACAAAGCCCUAAAGAUCGAGGAGGUCUGCGAGGCCGAAUGCAUGAUCACCACCUUCCAAAACGCUUACUUCUACACUGACUCUUUCGACGAUGCCAAACUCAAGCUAAGAGAAUUUGCCAGAACGUUGGAGAGGCCCUUCGAUCUGGAGUACGACCCUUACACGCAGUGCACUAAGGUACUCCUACCUCACAGAUCAGUGCUGAACAACCUGGCAAUCAUCCAGGAUAAACUGUUCAACUUGUCGAAAGCUUUGAAAAAAAUUCCCGCUUUCGCUUGA